AUGCCGAAGAAGCCAUGCGCUAAGCCAGGAGCGGAAAUUGAAAUUAUUUCAAUGGUUAUGAAGAUUCUCGAUUGGCAGUGGGAAACUAUAGAUACAGAAAAAGAGUUCAACGUUGUAAACGACUUUGGGAAUCCAAAACCAGAUGGAAAUUUUUCUGGAAUAAUGGGGUUACUAGCAGAAGAUAAAAUCGACAUGAGUGGACUCUCCAUGCGAAUCACUCCUGCUCGUAUGCAAUUCGCUCACUUCACUUUUCCUAUCCGUUACUUUCAACAAGUUUAUAUUAUCAAACGACCGCCUGAAAAUGAUUUUCGAAACUUUGUAUUUGCACCAUUCACAACAGACAUGUGGCUUCUGCUUCUAGCAACUAUUAUGGGUGUUUCAACAAUGAGAUUCGCAUGUGCAUUGUACUGGGAUAGCCGAGUUGGAUCUAAGUUUAAUAUCUACACAAGCAGUGUUCUGGAAACGUUUGGCUUAAUGUUGAAACAACGUGUUCAAGAUCCCACAGCUAUAUCCACCAUGUUACUGGAAGGAUUUCUGAUUGUUGCAAUGAUGAGUAUCGCCCAAUACUAUCAGACAUCAAUGAAUUCUCGUCUAACCGCUCCUCCGUCCUCUCGAAUUCCCUUUUAUCAUCAAAAUCAAUUGAUCGAACUGUUGUUAGAUAAGGAAACUUAUUUGACCUACUACUUCAAUCUCAGUCUAGAAGGAUCGACGGAGAAGAACGAGUACAAUAUAAAACGUGCAAUGGCUAUCAAUCCGAUUGUGGUUCGAGCGAAAGAAGUUGAUUUAAUAAAAGAGGUUCAUAAAGGGGGAGUUUUCUACUCAACCUAUGAUAUCGAGUUCCUUCCUCAAGCAGUCAGUGUCUGGGAUAAGCGACAAGGGUUGACCGUUAUCCGAGAUACAACUGGAAUUAUUAGCUACGUGGCGUUUGGAUUCAGUAUCAGCAACAGAAAGUUAUGCCAAAUGUUCAACAAAGCUCUUCUGAAAAUUCUACCUGGAAUAGCAAGUAUCACUUUGGGACCUGGAUAUGGAACCAAAAAACAAGCGGAAGAUAUCACAGUUCAAGUCAAAAAGACAAGACUUUCGUUCAAGAAGCAUCUGGAGCAGUUGUUUUAUAUUUAUCUGAUUGGAUGUGGAAUCUCUUUAGCACUAUUCAUCCUUGAGAAAAUCUUCUACAGAGUUAAAGUCAUCAAUAGACAGAAGAUUUACCAAGUGAAUCGACAAGAAUCCGAUGUGACGCCUGAAUGUACAUUUACUCCUUUACCGUAUUGA